GCUUGCGCCAAAUGUAUCAGAAGUUCACAGAACACGUUGGUAAAAAUAACUUCUUAUUGUAUUUCUAGAGAAAAAGAUUUUGGUGCUGUGUUUACAUUUUUGACUGUCAAAUUUUCAAUCUGUCAGAACAAUGUUGAAUAAAAUUGGAGUGGUGUCUCUGUGCACUCUGUUUGUGUGCGCGUUUGUGUGCGCUUUCCUGUCGGGUGCUUCAGCAAAGAAACCAUUGAAAGAAGAAGAUUGUGAAGUAUGUGUAAAUGUGUUGAGGAACUUUGAUGGACAGAACCCAGAACUUAAAGACAAAUCUGAAGCAGACAUUGAAGAUGCCUUCAAAAAAUUCUGCAAACAUACAAAAGGAAAAGAUGAAAGAUUUUGUUACUAUCUUGGAGGAGCAGCAACUUCAGCAACAAAUAUUGUGAGGAAGAUGACAAAACCAUUUAAACAUCAUUUGCCUUAUGUGAAGAUCUGUGAAAAACUGAAAGAUAUGGAUGCACAGAUCUGUGAACUGAAAUAUGAGAAGAAGAUUGACCUGACCGCAGUGGACUUUAAGAAACUCAAAGUCAAGGACCUGAAAAAGAUAUUGUCUGACUGGAACGAAGAAAAAGCCUGCAAAGGAUGCUCGGAAAAAUCAGACUUUGUACGUGCAGUGAAGGAGCUCAUGCCAAAACACGCACCAGAGGCAUACAAAAAACUUAAAGAAAAAGAAGAGCUUUGAUGACCGCUAGUUAUUUUAGGUUCCAAUUAGAAGUAUUUUUCCAAUUCAUUCAUCACCUGUUAUCAAAUAUUUCUUCCUGAUACUCAUACUUUUAUAUAAAUAAGCUGCGGAGAUGACAGUGGUUCGAGCGAACCAUAAUUGCAGAAAUGUCCCAGAUUUAAUAGUAGAACUAUACAUAUCUGAGAUAAAGCAAGGGUAUGUCCUUAUUAAGUAUCAGGAAGGUACAAAUUAUGGAAAAUGUUUUUAUUUAUAUUGGUACAAGAUUUAUAGAUGAAAAUUAAUUUGAAUAAUGAGUAUGCCCUUCGAAAACAUGUGAUACAUUUUACAUAUAAUUUUAGAUCAGUAUACAUGUUAUUGGUAACAAUGUUAGGUUUGAUGUUGAUUUUGCAACAUUUCUGUCUCGUUUAGGUCACUGCUUUAAUUUUAGCCAUUCCCAAGGCCUGAAGAUCAAAGAUAGCAAACAAAACUACCAUGUAAUAAUAUUUUACUGAACCUUAGGAUACAAACAAUUUGUUACGACUGUGUGAAAGAUGAUAACCAUCUUAUUUAGUUUUGUGUGUUUACCAUUCAGCUGACACGUUUUUAUUCUCAAGCAAACAACCAUUUUUCAUUUUGUAAUAUAAUGAAUUCCUUCUACACUGUUUAAAUCUCAAUUUAAUUAACAGUUGAAUAUACACCAAGUGACUAAUUAAAUGGCAGUUGCAUGUCUUUGGUGGUUAUUGGCACAACUAAACCCUAAACUUAUAGCCUAUGCCAAUAUAGGUUAAAGAUAUUGCUAAUAAACACAAAGACACACUGUUGCUUUUUAAUUUGUUAAUUAUACACCUUAAUAUUAUAAUUUGUAGCAUGUUACCAAUUAUUAAUGUGGCAUGUUGCAUGGCAUAAAUUUUUGGGUGAUUGCAGAAUUUUUUUACAGCAGACUUUAUAGUGGUUAGUGGCAUAUAUUCCCAAUUUGAUAAAAGUUUCUAUUUUUUAGCAAAAUUUGAGACAGAAAUUCUCAGUUGCACCCUGCAAAAAAUCUGUGAUAAAUAUUGAAAUUUUAGUGGGGAAAAACAAAAAAUAGUAGGGAAGUCCAUCAAAAUGUAAAUUAUUGUAAAGAAACAAAUGUCAGUUGCAUAUAUAUUAUGCUGUUGUAAAAUGGAUAACUGAACGGUUUUGACAAAAAUCUGCUAAAGUUCCCACAUCAGUGGGUAUGAGCCAUCUUCCCAGAUUUAUGAGAAAAAAACUCUUAAUGGCAUCAGUAACAGGAUUCUGUCUAACAGUCUUGUACAUUUAAGUUACUAUUUAUAGUAAGGUAAGACGCACGAUUUGUGUUAAUGACAGACUAACAUUGAAAGGUAAAAGCUAGUCACGACAUACUAUUUCAAACAGGCAGUUUAUUGAAUAUUUGUUAUGUUAGAGUGAAUGAGAUAGGGUGAUACCUUUUAAGGUGUAAAGCUAUAUAAGAAGUGGUACACAUCAAGUUCAUUUCUGUACAUAAGACUCAUUAAUGGCAGAGUCCAUGUUAGUGAAUUAUAUUUUAAUCAUAGCUGUAUUUAUAUAUCUGUUUGUGAGUGCUAUUUGAUAUGUGUAAAACAUGACAAAGACUUCAAAUAUGGAUGAAAUGGAGAGAUGAGUGUGAAUUUUUUGCCUUUGCUUUGACUUGUUUACAACUAAAAUCUCAAAAUAGAUAAAACUUGUAAACUGUUUAGAUGAUCUUCGACAGGAACUGAAUUACUCAUUAUUCCUACAUAUGUUGUACAAAAAUGUAUCUAUGGGUGUUAUAACUCUUUUUUGUCAUGAACAAAAUGGACAAUCUGCUUGGAUGUUAUGUCAAUUUAACAGUUAUUUCUUUUUUUUGUAUCUUUAAAUGUCAGAUACACAUUUUUUAUUAUAUACCUUUUUAAAUUCUGUCAAAAAUUUGGAUUUUAUUUCGCAAGUAAAUAUGACCGGGCAGAAAAAAAUCUGUAUUGUACCUUUUGUAUUGUUUGUUGCUAGACUACCUUCAUUGAAUAUGCAUGAGGUGACACAGUUAUAUAAAUAGUGCAUACAAAAGCUUCACUCAUUUCAUUUUAACAUCAAUAAACAUUAAGGAUUUCAUUUGAUUACGAAUAAACAAACAAAGAGUUGCAGGUAUAUAAUAAAAGGGUCAUUACAACAGUAGCUAGAUGUAGGAUUUUGUAUUCGGAACUCGUGGAUUUUACAAGGAUGGGUCACACUUGGCGCAUGCGUGCCUCGUGAGAUCCGAUCUCAUCUGGCAAAAUCCACUCGAGUGGAAUACAGCAUCCCAGAUUGAGUUACUGUUAUAAUAACCCUAUUAUAUUAUACAAAAAAGACUUACAUCCGGCCAGUAUGUAGUUUCAUUUAUCUGCUUGAAAGUAAAAUGAACAAGGAUGCAGUUACACUCUUGAUGAAACUUUUCAGCAGGGUAUAAAAUAUACAUUAGAUUACUGAACAUAUUCAAACUGCCUCUGAAUGUUACAUCCAAUUUCUAAUUCAUUUUUUUCUUUGAACAUUUUCAGCCUUAAGAUAGUAAAUCUUAGUAUAAAUCUAAAAGUAUAGUUAAUGAUAUGACUUAAUAUUGAGCCACACCAUGAGAAAACCAACAUAGUGCAUUUGCGACCAGCAUGGAUCUGCGCAGACUGGUCAGGAUCCAUGCUGUUCGCUUUCAAAGCCUAUUGAAAUUAGAGAAACCGUUAGCAAACAGCAUGGAUCCUGACCAGACUGUGCAGAUGUGCAGGCUGGUCUGGAUCCAUGCUGGUUGCAAAAGCAAAAUGUUGGUUUUCACAUGGUGCGACUCAUUUGAUGAAGAUUUAACAGCGUCAGCUGUAUCAUAUAUACUGACUGUGAAGUCAAUAUUGUGAUAGUUUUAUGUCUGAAUUGUGUACAGUGGUGUAACAUGAUCAUAAUACUUUGAUGUUAUGUUGGAAUAAAAUUAUAUUGUUAUAGAUA